GGUUCUUGUCCACAUCUAUGUGUCGCCUCGCGCAGGGGAGUGACGAUGGCAAGCCAACAAAAUUCACCCCUCCACCAAAACCUGUCAUCAUUGACAAAACACAGUCCGAGGCUUCACUGCGAAAGUAAGUGUCUAAGGAUAUUCUAGCCAACAAGCUGUGUUCAAAACAUUGAAACCAUAGUGAUGUGAUGCUAGCCUGUUCCCAUAUCUGUUUAGGCCUAGCACUUUUGCCAACUUCAUUGCUGUCAUUGUCAAACCAAACAAUGGCAUGAUGGCACAAACAGGCUGGCACUGCCUCACUUAUGUGAUGCCAUUUAGCUAUAGUAACACUGACUUUACUUUAGCAAUUCUCUUGUUUUUCAUCAGCAAUAAUGCCAUACUCAAUUAAUAAUGCUUGCUUCUGUUCUGUUUUUGAACACAGGUUCCUGAGCCCAGAAUUCAUCCCUCCCCGACAGAGAAUAAAUCCUCUGAAGUUCUCCAUCGAGCGCAAAGACAUGAUCCAGAGGAGGAAAGUGUUUAACAUUCCAGAGUUUUAUGUUGGUAAGUGACUUUUGAGACGGUUGUUGGUUUAUAAAUUAUGCUGCAGUACACACCAUCAUAUCUGCUAGCCAGCCCUAUACAGAACAGUCUAUUGAGAGCUCCAUUCAACGACCCAUGCUGAGCACUUGUGUGAAGUUCUGUUGCAAUAUAGCUACUUGCAUUGUCGUUAUUCUAAAGCGGUUAUUGGAUUGCUAAUGAACAGGCUUCACUGUGCUGCUAGGCAGUAUAGGACCAUUUCCCGGCCAUGUCAGUUGCACCCGCAGUUCCAAAUCAGAAACCGGUUUGUUUAUAUGGAACUAAAUACGAUCACGUCCGACUUCAGAUGCAGCUCAUGCAAGUUGGCAAACACGUAAUCAGAUGGUUAUCAUCAGCAACAUUUCAGAUGUCAUCAGAGGAUUGAUUACCUAGCAAGCCAGCGAGGCAAGGUAAAAUAUCACAAAUUGAGCCAGAAGAAUAAUAUACAGUGCCUUCAGAAAGUAUUCAUACCACUUGACUUAUUCCACAUUUUGUUGUGUUACAGCCUGAAUUCCAAAUGGAUAAAAAAUAUUUUAAAAAAUAUCACCCAUCUACACACAAUACCCCAUAAUGACAAAGUGAAAACAUGUUUUUCGACAUUUCUGCAAAUUGAUUCAAAAUGAAAUACAGCAAUAGCUCAUUUACAUAAGUAUUCACACCCCUGAGUCAGUACAUGUUAGAAUCCCCUUUGGCAGCAAUUACAGCUGUGAGUCUUUCUGGGUAAGGUUCUAAAAGCUUUGCACACCUGGAUUGUACAAUAUUUGCCGAUUUUAUUAUAUUGAAAUUCUUCAAGCGCCGUCAAAUUGGUUAUUGAUCAUUGCUUGACAACCAUUUUCAAGUCUUUCCAUAGAUUUUCGAGCAGAUUUAAGUCAAAACUGUCACUCGGCCACUCAGGAACAUUCACUGUCUUCUUGGUAAGCAAAUCCAGUGUAGAUUUGGCCUUGUGUUUUAGGUUAUUGUCCUGCUGAAAGGGGAAUUCAUCUCCCAGUGUCAGGUAGAAAGCAGACUGAACCAGGUUUUCCGCUAGGAUUUUGCCUGUGCUUAGCUCCAUUCUGUUUAUUUUUUAUCUUGAAAUACUCCCCAGUCCUAAAUGAUUACAAGCAUACCCAUAACAUGAUGCAGCCACGACUAUGCUUGAAAAUAUAGAGAGUGGUACUCAGUAAUGUGUUGUAUUGGAUUUUCCCCACACAUAACACAAAAAGCGAAUUGCUUUGCCACAUUUUUUGCGGGAUUACUUUAGUGCCUUGUUGCAAACAGGAUGCCUUUUUUGGAAUAUUUGUAUUCUGUACAGGCUUCCUUCUUUUUACUCUGUCAAUGAGGUUAGUAUUGUGGAGUAACUACAAUGUUGUUGAUCCAUCCUCAGUUUUCUCCUAUCACAGCCAUUAAACUGUUUUAAAGUCACCAUUGGCCUCAUGGUGAAAUCCCUGAGAGGUUUCCUUCCUCUCCGGCAACUGAGUUAGAAAAGACGCCUGUAUCUUUAUAAUGACUGGGUGUAUUGAUAAACCAUCCAAAGUGUAAUUAAUAACUUCACCAUGCUCAAAGAGAUAUUCAAUGUCUGCUUUUUAAAUUGUUUACCACUACAAAUAGGUGCCCUUCUUUGCGAGGCAUUGGAAAACCUCCCUGGUCUUUGUGGUUGAAUCUGUGUUUGAAAUGCACUGCUCGACUGAGGGACCUUACAGAUUAUUGUAUGUGUGGGGUACAGAAAUUAGGUAAUUCAGAAAUCAUGUUAAACACUAUUAAUGCACACAGUGAGUCCAUGCAAUUUAUUAUGUGAUUUGUUAAGCACAUUUUUACUCCUGAACUUACUUAGGCUUGCCAUAACAAAGGGGUUGAAUACUUAUUGAAUCAAGACAUUUCAGCUUUUCAUUUUUAAUUAAUUAGUCAACAUUUUGGAAAAAAACAUAAUUCUACUUUGACAUUAUGGGGUAUUGUGUGUAGGCCAGUGACAAAAAAAUCAACAUUUAAUCCAUUUUAAAUUCAGGCUGUAACACAACAAAAUGUGGAAAAAGUCAAGGGGUGUCAAUAAUUUCUGAAGUCACUAUUUGUUGAGCAUAUCUAUAGCCAUCAGUCUUGUGUGUUUUCAUGGUCAUCACUCCCUCACUGCUAAGUGUAUCGCUAGCUAUGUGCUACAGGGCUUUUUGUCCCAAGUAUGCCCGUGCAUCACUCAAAAGUGGCUCUUGCUUCCUAGCUCACAACAUCCUUAUACCAGUACUUGAUCUGGCACCCUCUACCUUGCAAGUACAAUUGUUAUCUAUGUUACACACCUCUUCUUUGCACGUGGGUCUCAUUUAGCAAAAAUGAGAGAUUAAGUUAUACAAACAUUUUCAGGACCCACUGCCACCUAGCAAGUUGAAUCAUAUUAUUCACAUUGAGGGGAAAGAUACUGGCCUUUCCAGUAUAUUUUGAAAGGCCCAAUGCAGCCGUUUUUAUAUCAAAUCAUUUCUGGGUAACAAUUAAGUACAGUGCCUUGCAAAAGUAUUCAUCCCCCUUGGCGUUUUUCCUAUUUUGUUGCGUUACAACCUGUAAUUUAAAUUGAUUUUUAUUUGGAUUUCAUGUAAUGGACAUACCCUUUGCUAUGAAGCCCCUAAAUAAGAUCUGGUGCAACCAAUUACCUUCAGAAGUCACAUAAUUCGUUAAAGUCCACCUGUGUACAAUCUAAGUGUCACAGGAUCUCAGUAUAUAUAUACCUGUUCUGAAAGGCCCCAGAGUCUGCAACACCACUAAGCAAGGGGCACCACCAAGCAAGCGGCACCAUGAAGACCAAGGAGCUCUCCAAACAGUUCAGGGACAAAGUUGUGGAGAAGUACAGAUCAGGGUUGGGUUAUAAAAAAAUAUCAGAAACUUUGAACAUCCCACGGAACACCAUUUUAAAUCCAUUAUUAAAAAAUUGAAAGAAAAUGGCAUCACAACAAACCUGUCAAGAGAGGGCCGCCCACCAAAACUCACGGACCAGGCAAGUAGGGCAUUAAUCAGAGAGGCAACAAAGAGACCAAAGAUAACUCUGAAGGAGCUGCAAAGCUCCAUAGGACCACUUUAAGCCGUACACUCCACAGAGCUGGGCUUUACGGAACAGUGGCCAGAAAAAAGCCAUUGCUUAAAGAAAAAAAUAAGCAAACACGUUUAGUGUUCUCCAAAAGGCAUGUGGGAGACUCCCCAGACAUAUGGAAGAAGGUACUCUGGUCAGAUGAGACUAAAAUUGAGCUUUUUGGCCAUCAAGGAAAAUGUCUGGCGCAAACCCAACACCUCUCAUCACCCCGAGAACACCAUCCCCACAGUGAAGCAUGGUGGUGGCAUCAUCAUGCUGUGGGGAUGUUUUUCAUCGGCAGGGACUGGGAAACUGGUCAGAAUAGAAGGAGUGAUGGAUGGCGCUAAAUACAGGGAAAUUCUUGAGGGCAGCCUGUUUCAGUCUUCCAGAGAUUUGAGACUGGGACGGAGGUUCACCUUCGCCCUAAGCAUACUGCUAAAGCAACACUUGAGUUGUUUAAGGGGAAACAUUUAAAUGUCUUGGAAUGGCCUAGUCAAAGCCCAGACCUCAAUGCAAUUGAGAAUCUGUGGUAUGACUUAAAGAUUUCUGUACACCAGCGGAACCCAUCCAACUUGAAGGAGCUGGAGCAGUUUUGCCUUGAAGAAUGGGCAAAAAUCCCAGUGGCUAUAGAUGUGCCAAACUUAUGGAGACAUACCCCAGCAGCUGUAAUUGCUGCAAAAGGUGGCUCUACAAAGUAUUGACUUUGGGGGGGUGAAUAGUUAUGCACGCUCAAGUUUUCAGUUUUUUUUUAGUUUUUCUUGUUUGUUUCACAAAAAAAUAUAUUUUGCAUCUUCAAAGUGGUAGGCAUGUUGUGUAAAUCAAAUGAUACAAACCCCCGAAAAUCCAUUUUAAUUCCAUGUUGUAAGGCAACAAAAUAGGAAAAAUGCCAAGGGGGGUGAAUACUUUUGCAAGCCACUGUACCUUACUAUAAUAGUUUUUCAUUAAAACGGACAACAAUGAUUGGUCUAUUAACUAAUUUAUCGGUGAUGUCACCAGGCAAGCCAAAACUCCUGCCCAUGCAAACAGGCUGAUAAGAAGGUUUUGAGUAGAUUGUAUUUUGCAGAUGGCCGGGAAUAGUCUUUAGGAGAGAGUUAUCACAUGAUAAUCCCGGGUUCGAGGACCUUAUUGCUUUUAUAAGAAGGUUGCCAUUGUAUUUAUAAAAAUAUAUUUUCAUAACAAAUAUUAUUUUAGCUAGUAAAUUCGUUUUUGCAUUCUGAAGUUGCUACCCAAGCGGGCUGGUCAUUUGUUUUUUUCUCAUGUUUUGACCCAGUCGUUAAUUAUAAUUAUUCUAUUAAUUCGACAUUGCUAUGCUAAACAAAUCAUUGGCGUCUAGCUGGCUAGCAGAGAGUGAAUGAUGAUGAGAGACAAGAACUUCAAUAAAUCAUGAUUUAACCCCUUGGGUCAAUGUCCGCGCCCCCGUGAAAAUCAAUAAGCAUAAUAAAACAAUCCCCAUAAAAAUGUGUCAGUUUAAGCUAGAGAUCUGUUUUUGCAUUAGAUGCGUCUCAAUCAACCGCAUCCGCCAAUGUCGCACUUCCGCAUCUGUGGUGAAAGGUGACAGAGCUAGGUCUUCUCACAAAAUCGUCUGUAGCGUCCAAACGGUUUGACCUACAAACUAUUAUGACCCCUCUAUGGAAAGAUGAGACUCACCAAAUGAAUGGAAGUAUAUAUGGAGACUGUUUAGUACCAAAAAUAAGGGGUUAAAUACAUGUAAAACAAAAUAUUUUAUUUAUUUUUGGGGGGGGACUAUCUGUUGUUCCAUGUAAGAAAUGUUUUAUGCAAUGCAUAUGUAUGGGCUAAUAGCAGUAAUGCCAAACAUACUUUUUUAUUCAGUACCAGUCAAAAGUUUGGACACCUACUCAUUCAAGGGUUUUUCUUUAUUUGUACUAUUUUUUACAUUGUAGAAUAAUAGUAAUGACAUCAAAACUAUGAAAUAGCACUGGAGUAACCAAAAAAGUGUUAAACAAAUCGAAAUAUAUUUUAUAUCUUCGGGGGGGGGGGGGGGGGUAUACAGAAGAUAGCCCUGUUUGGUAAAAUACCAAGUCCAUAUUAUGGCAAGAACAGCUCAAAUUAUCAAAGAGAAACAACAGUCCAUCAUUACUUUUAAGACAUGAAGGUCAGACAAUCCGGAAAAUGUGAAAAACUUUUAACGUUUCUUCAAGUACAGUCGCAAAACCAUCAAGCGCUAUGAUGAAACUGGCUCUCAUGAGGACCGCCACAGGAAAGGAAGACCCAGAGAUACCUCUACUGCAGAGGCUAUUUGACCAAGAAGGAGAGUGAUGGAGUGCUGCAUCAGAUGACCUGGCCCCACAAUCCCCCGACCUCAACCCAAUUGAGAUGGUUUGGGAUGAAUUGGACUGCAGAGUGAAGUAAAAGCAGCCAACAAGUGCUCAGCAUUUGUGGGAACUCUUUUAAGACUGUUGGAAAAGCAUUCCAGGUGAAGCUGGUUGAGAGAAUGCCAAGAGUGUGCAAAGCUGUCAAGGCAAAGGGUGGCUACUUUGAAGAAUCUCAGAUACAACAUUUAUUUUGAUUUGUUGGAAACUUUUUUGGUUACUACAUGAUUCCAUAUGUGUUAUUUCAUAGUUUUGAUGUCUGUGAAAAACCCUUGAAUGAGUAGGGGUGUCCAAACCUUUGACUGGUACUGUAUAUUUUUUUGAAACUUCAAGGGGUCUUCAAAUUCAAAAUCAAAUAUAAAAAUGAUCCUUAGUAUUUCCUUCUUUAAACCAUUCCAUAUAGCUUAGUAGAACCCCUCCCCGGUUUAGACAGAGCUUAGACUGUAAUGGGUUAAUAAAUAUCCAAUAGGCCUACAUAGGCAACACCUAUUAUGAUUGGCGAGUCCGAGCUAACUAAGCUAGUUGGUGAUGUUAAUAGGGACGUUUCCUUUGAUGGCACACGAGUGGAAGAAUAGUCCAUGGUCCUGGUGCUGGUUGACAGCCAGUGCUUGCCUCUACUUUGGCAGAGAAUGGGACGUCCCACUCUCACACCGAUGGCCAUUAUUUCCCUUGCCUCCUGGCCCGCAUCGGAUAACUUUUGCAAUCUGAGGUUGCUACUCAAGCGGGCUGGUCAUUACCUCAUGUUUUGACCCAGUCGUUAAUUUUAAUCAUUCUAUUUAUUCGAUGUUGCUAUGCUAAACAAAUGAUUGGCAUGUAGCUAGCUAGAAGAGGUUCAAUGAUGAGACAAGAACUUCAAUAAAUAAUUAAUAAUUUUAUAAAUAUCCAAUAAGCCUACAUAGGCUGCACUGCUCUGGUUAAAGAAUGAAUGGAAUUCGGAGUGUUUACGGUUUACAUGGUUAAUAAUUAGUUUCACAUUCAUUCUUGGGCUAGCUAACCUACUGGCAUGGGAGAGAUCGCAUUUGUAAAAUGAUACAUUGUUGCACAGGUCAUAGAGGCAGACAAGUAGGUUUGUACAACCCCCGAGUGUUGCAAACCAAAUAGUAGCAUGGGAAAAUAAUAUGUAGACGCUUUUUCCCAAGGGAGAUGAAGUUUAUGAAUUUCCUACCUGGGCUGCGGGACUGUGGAAUUAUGAGAUUUAACACGUCAUGGUAUUUAGCGGGAGUUGUCCCACUACUCAACCAAUCAGGAUCCAAACAACCUGUUUUAUAUGAGGGAAUAACACUGAUAAAAAAAUGUUCACACUUGCAGUGUUAGUUUCAUCAGCUGUUGUACAGUAUGAUACAAAACACAAGGAACUGAAUUUUGACUGCACUGGGCCUUUAAAGGAGGUAUCCUAUGAAUGUAUUGAUAGACUAAAGCAGUCAUCGUGUUUUGCAGGAAGUGUCUUAGCUGUGACCAUGGCGGACCCUCACGCCAGCGGCAAAACCAACUGCUUUGUGGGCAUCUGCAUCCAGAGAGGUGGCCACGGACUGGGAGCCACGUUUGUCCUGAGGAAUAUCAUUGACGGCCAAGGUGAGGAUGAUUAUGUAGUACACAAACAGGUCCCCUUGUGAACAGUGGUUGUGUGUGUGUGUGUGUGUGGGGGGGGGGGGUGUAUAUUGCUUCCUGGAUAAACAUCACAGUUGGAUGAGUUUGUCUGACCCAUUAGUUGUGGAGCUACCCUCUAUCUACAGUGAAGAAGCUCAAUUUCCAUUGAUUUAGUGCAGAUAUGGCCAACCCUCCUCCUGGUCAAUGUCCCAAUUAUUUCUCCUUCCUCCCGAAGUGUGCACUCAAUCAUUUGAAAGGAAAUAACUGGUUUAAGAAAUAUAGUGGAAACUCCCAAUAGCGCAUGAAUCUACUAAUCCAAUGAUUUUAGAUUUGUGUGAAGUAGAGAACGGGUGCACACUUCAGGAGAAAGGAGAUAUUAUUGGGACGCACACCUGGAGAGCUACUUGGUUGGCAGGGUUUCACUCUGUCCUGGUUAGCAGCUAACUAAUAGAAUCAGGUGGAAGGAAGGAGCUCUCCAGGAUAAGGGUUGGGGAGCCUUGAUUUAGUGUGUGCCUGUAACAUCUGAGUAAAGCACUGAGCCAUGAUAACCUUUGGCUAAAUACUUUAUAUCUCUCCAUCUCUCUCGCUCCCUCAGGAGUGGAGAUCUGCUAUGAGCUGUACAGCCCGCGGCUGCAGCAGCUGGAGGUCCUGAAGCUGGAAAAGAGGCUGGACAACAACCUGAUGUACCUGAGAGACGCCCUGCCCGAGUACAGCACCGUGGACCUGGACAUGAAGCCCGUACCCCACUCGGUCACCGGGGACGUGCCCGUCAACAAAGUAAGUGGCUGGCUCUGACUAUUGUUUCACUCAGCAGUUGACACGGCUGAAUACACAUUUUGGCUCGUCUUUAUUCUGUUCAAAACAAAUCUGACAUUUCUGUGUUUUCUUCCACUUCAGUCAGUUGAAAUUAAAUGUAAGUGGGUAUUGUUUAUAAGGAGCAUGUAUGGUAAUUGUGUAAAUGCUGUAAAGGGAUUGGUAUAAAUGAAGAACCAGAGCAUUGUAAAUAGUUUAGAUACCUGAUUCAGAUACCAGUUUGUACAGAAAAGUAUUUAUCUGACCCCCUAUAUCUCAAAACAGUAUUUCUCUGACCCCUUUUAUCUCCGAACAGUAUUUAUCUGACCCCCUAUUUCUCAGAACAGUAUUUAUCUGACCCCUUAUAUCUCAGAACAGUAUUUCUGACCCCUUUUAUCUCAGAACAGUAUUUCUCUGACCCCUUUUAUCUCAGAACAGUAUUUAUCUGACCCCUUUUUAUCUCAGAACAGUAUUUCUGACCCCUUUUAUCUCAGAACAGUAUUUAUAUGACCCCUUUUAUCUCAGAACAGUAUUUAUCUGAUCCCCGAUUAGGGUUACAAAGGGAGGCGUAUAUUACUGUCAACUUUAGUAGAAACUCAUGGACAAUAUGGAGACGAUAUAAAAAAAUGAAAACUAUAUAUGAAUAAAUGUAAAAGUUAUUCAAGUAUAAAUUACCAAAGUUACAAUAGAUUGCCAUAGAUUUUCUGUUAAUUACCAAAAUUACUGAAUAUUCCAGUAACUUUGGAAAACUACCUGUAGCUUUGCAACCCUACCCCCUAUAUCUCACAGAACAGUAUUUGUCAAACCCCCUAUAUCUAUCUCCCCCAUUCUUCCCUCCAGACCAGAGUGCGUAUGCGUCCCAAGCCUUGGUCCAAGCGCUGGGAGCGGCCCAAGUACGACGUGAAGGGCAUCCGCUUCGACCUGUGCCUGUCACCUGAGAAGCUAGAGCACGCCCAGAAGUGGGCGGAACCCUGGCGGGAGUACGACAUGCUGAAGGAGCAUGACACCACAGGCCUGGAGGAACGCAUCCUCAAGGAAGUGCAGACGGAGAUGAGCAAG